AGCCGGCGGGCGUGCGAGCCUCCACUCAGCAGACAUGACUGCAGUGGGAGGACUGGUGCUGGUUCUGGGUUUACUGGUGAGCGCUCGCUGUGAGGUGAGAGCACGCGACCCCGAGGUGGAGGAGGACGAGGAGCGAGGAAGAGGGGGUGGAGGGGGAGGAGGGGGAGGAAGGGGAGGAGGGGGAGGAGUAGAGGGGUUCCCCCCUCACCCCGACAGGCUUCACCCCGGGGCGACACAGACCGCCCCGCUGGGGGAGAGAGGAAACUACCCAGCAAGAACCGGGAACUGGUGUGCGUUCGUACAGAGGCGUGUGGUUACCCAGGCGGUGGUGUGUGGAUCAGAGAAGUAUGUCAUGAAGUCUCAGAGUCCAUGUCCGAGCGGGGCGCCCGACUGCCAGCUGCCCAUGUACAAGCUGUCCUCGCGGCCCCUGUACAGGCAGAAGCAGCAGAUCUACAGCGCUCUGCUGUGGCACUGCUGUCCAGGACACAGCGGACGCAACUGUGAAGACACGGCCUCUGACACACAGCUGGAUUCUGCAAGCUCGGAUCUGAUUGGAGGAUCGGGACCGGUGAGAACAGAGCUCCAUGUUCCAGGUGUGCAGCGGCUCCACCAGCGCGACGACCCGAACCGCGAACAGAACGACCACCAGGCGCCGUACGACACCGGCGACCCAGACAGCCCGCACACCACCCUACCCCCCGCCCUGCACCGGGACCGCAGCCACCAUCACACAGCCCUCACCCAUCACACCCCACCCCCCGCCCUGCACCGGGACCACGGCCGCCAUCACACCCCACCCCCCGCCCUGCACCGGGACCACGGCCGCGAUCACACAGCCCCCGUCCAUCAUACCCCACCCCCCGCCCUGCACCGGGACCACGGCCGCCAUCACACCCCACCCCCCGCCCUGCACCAGGACCACGGCCGCCAUCACACAGCCCCCGUCCAUCACACCCCACCCCCCGCCCUGCACCGGGACCACGGCCGCCAUCACACAGCGCACGCCGCUGGGAGCCCCCACGACCAUCAGCACAACCUCCACCACGGGGAGCAGGAGCUCCACCGUCCUGACACUGCCACCCUCCCAGACGACCCAGCCGCUGUCACCAUCCCAUACCCUGACUACCCCACCGGUGACCCAGACGCCGAUGCCCUUCCAUACCCAGAUGUCCCUGCCGCCCUUCCUGUCCCCCACAUGAUGGCGCUGGUCAUGUCCCAGCUGCAGCCGGUGCUGCAGGGCUUUAACCGCUCCCUGGAGCACCUGAGCCGGCAGGUAGGAGAGCUGGCGCGGGACGUGGCCGAGCUGAAGAGCAGCCGGCUCGAGGCUGAGCCACAGUCGUCGCACCCGGUCCUCCCGGACCUCGCCGAGGCAGCGGACGAGCGGCUGGACGCCAGACUGGAAGAGGCGUUUGAGCACGUCAGGGAGGUCCAGAGGGAGCUGGAGAGCCAGCGACGAGACAUGGAGAUCAGGCUGCACUCCCAGCAUGCAAUGCUGCACUACAACCUCACCAGCUUCAAGACGGACAUUGACAUGAAGCUGAAACGCCACCAGAAGAUGCUGCAGGUCAGUCUGCAGGCCAUGAACGCCACACUAAUGGAGCUGAACCAGAACCAGGAUCAGGAUCAGGAUCAGGAUAAGACCGUUGAGGAACUCGGCCCUCGCCUGCUGCCACCGCAGCCCUCGGACACCGCGGCACUCUGGGAGGCAGUGGAGCGACUAGACAACAUGGUCAUCAACAACACGGUGAAGGUGGAAGGGCUGUCGGAGGAUGCAGAGGUGACAGCGGGCGGCGUGCAGCAGCUGCGCCAGGACAUUAAAAGUCUGGAGAAGCUGAUCAACGUGACGGCGAGGACGAGCCAGGUGCAGUUCAUGGAGACGGGGCUGGAGGUGGAGGCGGCGAGGGAGACGGUGCUGAGGCGCGUGGGCGAGCUGGCUGGGAACCUCAGCUUGUACGGCGAGCGGCUGGCCGAGACGGACAAGGACGUCGACGAUCUGUACGAUGCGUUCAACAGUCACAACUCGUCCACAGGCUGCGACUGCGUUGCGCUGUGGGCCGCCGUGGCGAUGCUGGAGAGGGGCGUAGCCAACGUGACGCAGCUGGCCAAUGAAAACACAGCAGCGCUGGAGGACGGAGAGGGGGGGGCGGGGCACUGGGCGGGGGGCGGAGACUGGGAGACUGCGGUGGGGGCGCUGCAACACGACCUCCAGCAGGUGAGGGAGUCCGUGGCGUCCGUGGCGUCCGUGGCGUCUGUAGCGUCCGUGGCGUCCGUGGCAUCGGAGCAGAGCAGCAGCCAGUCUCUGGACCAGUGUCUGACGCAGCUGAACCGCUCGCUGACGGCGGCGCUGGCCGACGUCUCGGCGCUGACGGAGGCGGACAGGAAGCAGCGGGACAGGAAGCAGCGGGACGAGAUGCAGCGGCUCUCCGCCUCCUUCGACUCGCUGCUGAUGGACGCCGUGCGCCACAGCGACGUGCUGGAGAUACUGCUGGGCGAGGAGGUGCUGGAGUUCCUGGAGUGGCCCGUCCAGGACCAGGAGGCGCACAGCAUCCCCGCGCUGAAGGAGACACUGAGGGGACACGAGCAGAGCAUCGCCGCCCUGCUGGACAGAAACACAGGAGACAGAGAGGAGCUCCCGUCAGCAGACCAGGCCCCCCCCUCCUCUUCGCUCCUCUCUGACGGAUGGCGUCCGGACGGCGGUGCAGCGCGGGAACGCCAGCGCCUACUUCAGCCCGCUGAUGGCGGCGACCUGUGGAACCUCGAGAAAACUGUGGAGGAGCUGAAGAUAAAGGUUCUGCAGCUGGAGGAGACAAUGCCGUCUGGCGAAGACCAAGCGGCGCUGCAUGCGGAGGUGACGUGGCUGAAGCGCGGCCUGGAGGAACAUCUGCGAACGUUUAAGAACGUGUUCAGCAACGCCGACGUGCUGGCGAGCUCGGACGCCACGCUGGAGCUGGACAAACUGUGGCAGCUGCUGCAGAGCAGAGACGGGAAGAAAGAGAAGAAGAAGAAAGGAGGGAACCAUCGCAGCCGGAGGGAGACGACAGGUGAGACGACAGGUGUCGCUCCGGUCCAGUCCAGCCAAUCAGGAGCUUCCGUGCUGCUGGCGGCCGAAGGAGACGCUCAGCGGAGGAGGCGCGGCUGGAACUGAAAGGAGGAGCGUGGGUGGAGUCAGAGGACAAUGUGUUCGACCAAUCAGAGGAAAGAUCUCGGGGAGUUCAAACUUAUUUUACACUGUUUGCUUUGGAAAAAAAGCGACAAAAA